GGCUUCCUGUGGAGAGAGAGAGACUGAGGUUUAUUUCUAUCCCAUCAUGCAUAGUAGACUUCAAUAAUUUGGCGGGAAAAGUUGACUCGUCGGAAGAGAAAAACACUUCGGACUCCUUCAAAUUUAUCUUCUUAUUGUCGGCGAAAAUAAUUGUGAAGCAGCCAUAAACGUAGCUCUGUAAACCUAAGGAUGCCUGCAGUUGUAAAACCCAUGAGAUUCGCCCACAGCGAGGGCCAAACUGAUGUUUGCUAUGAUGAAACUGGGCAGUAUCUAUUGACUUGUGGCUCUGAUGGAGAUAUCAGGAUAUAUGAAGGGUUUGACGAUAGCGACCCGGUGUCCAUACAGGCCGGCGAAGCGGUUACUCUCGUCACAAUGAAGGAUAAAAGAAUAUUUGCAACACCAGAAAACUUUGCGGUACAAGCAUUCACAUAUCCAGAGGGAUCACCUGAUGGAAUCAUAUCAAGGUUUACUUCAACUGUCAAUCACAUAUGCUUGAGCCAAUCAAAAACACACCUUGCAGCUGGUUCGAGUGACUUCGCUAUUAAAGUAGUCAAGCUUGAAGAUAAUGAACAAAAAUGCUUCAAAGGACAUGAUGCACCAGUUCUUUCUGUAGCACUAGAUCCUAAGGAUGUUUUCCUGGCGUCUUCUAGUUGCGAUGGGACAGUUAGGUUGUGGAAAAUGGAAAACCAGACAAUUGUAAAAACAUUUAACAUACUCCCUAAGGUCAACGAUGUCAGCCACUUGAAAUUGUGCAGACUUGGUUGGCAGCCUGGUCAUGGAAAGUAUUUGGCAGUUCCUGUAAAGAAUACCAUCCAGAUUUAUGAAAGAGACACUUGGAAUUUGUCAUUCACAUUAAAUAGUGAUGAACUCAAAGAGGAUGUUUCCAUUGUCUGUUGGUCACCCUGUGGCUCAUAUCUAGCAUCUGCUAGUAAUGAUGGACAGAUAGUGACUUGGAGCAUAGCAAAACAGUCAUUAUUAGAGAUAGUUCAACUUGAAAACAGGUCUCCUUUGUGUGGUAUGGCAUGGAAUCCAUCUGGUACAAAAGAAAUUGCAUAUACUGAUAACCAGGGACAGUUUGGUGUUGUUGAAAAUCUCACAACAAACGCUAUAAGCAAGAAAUCCUCACUAAUUUCUCAGGCAAAUGAUUUUGACAUUGAUGAUGCCAUGAUGGCAGUAGCAGCGGCAGGCAAUGAUGAUAGUGAUAAUGAGUCUCUAGUUACCUCAAAACGUCACCGUGUGAAAUCAUCAUGGAUAGAUGACGAAGCUGAUGAUGAUGAGGAUGAUGAUGAUGAAUUUAAAGAAAUAAGGAAGCUCAAAGCACAACUUGCAGCACCACUGAACUUUGAUGACGCAAGUAAUGAUGGUAAUGCUGACACAGCAAGUGAAAUAUCAGUCAAAAAGCCUGUUAUAACUCAUGUUCCCAUUAUGCCCAACUUACAAGAACCUUUUCAGCCAUCAUCAACUCCUAUUCAUCUGAUGCAUCGCUUCAUGGUAUGGAAUUCAGUUGGGAUAAUUCGAUGUCAUACUGAAGAAAAUGACUUGUCAACGAUUGAAAUUGAGUUUCAUGAUACCAGUACUCACCAUGCUCUACACUUGACAAACCACCUCAACCAUACCAUGGCAGCUUUGUCUUCAUCUGCUGCUCUCUUGGCUUGUAAAUCACAGGAAAACAUCCCAAGUAAACUGAUGUGUCUUCACUUUGGAAGCUGGGACAGUUCUAAAGAAUGGCUUAUUGAUMUUCCAUCAAAGGAGGAAAUUGAGGCUGUUGCUGUUGGUGACAACUGGACAGCAAUAGCAACAAGCAAGCUUCAACUUCGGGUUUUCACAAUGACUGGAGUCCAGCUGCAUAUUAYGAGUAUUGCUGGUCCAGUGGUUUCCAUGUCUGGCCAUGGUAGUUUCUUGUUGGUGGUCUAUCAUGCUGGCAAUCCUUUACCUAAUGAACAAUCUCUUGGAUUUAAACUUCUUGACUUACAAAGACAGCAGCAAAUUAUUGCUGAUCAACGGCUACCAUUAUCAAAGAAAUCUACUCUUUCCUGGGUUGGGUUUUCUGAUGAAGGAACACCAGUUACUGUGGAUUCGUUAGGUAUUGUGCGCUUUAUGAACAAUUCCUUUGGAGGUACUUGGACCCAGGUCUUAGACACAAAGAGUCAGUUGAAAAACAAGUCUGAUAAUUACUGGAUUGUUGGACUUCAAGAAGUAACCAAACAAAUAAGGUGUAUUUUGUGCAAAGGAGCAACGUUUCCAGCUACAUUGCCUCGGCCAGUUCAGGCUGUCCUUCCUUUGGAGCUUCCACUUUGUGAAAUGUCCACAGAGAAAGGAGAAAAGGAGGAAACCUUCAUGAAAUCCAAACUAAUGUCAUACAGCUACAAGCAAGCAGUGGACCAAGGACUUGAUGUGGAUGAAGAAGUUGCUCAACAGGCUGAAACCUUCCAAAUCCAAACACUUAUGAAGAUGUUUGCCCUUGCCUGCAAAAGUGACAGGGAAUUCAGAGCAUUCAAUAUUAGUGAACUUCUUCCAAACCAACGAUCCGUCAGCCUAGCAAUAAGGUAUGCUUCUGGAAUUCGAAAAAUGAACCUUGCACAAAGACUGAACGAACUUGCACGUCGUAAAGCUGAGGAAGAAGAAGCAGCUCUAAUGGAGGAUUACAGCUUGCCUGCAGAGACAAGAAGGUCAAACAGCCAUAGUAUUACUACUCUUCCAUCAAGAAGACAAGUAGAAGAAAAUGAUGAUAGCGAAGUGGAGGAAAUGGAACAAGAAGAUGAAGAAUUUGAGCCUAUUGAAAACCCAAUUCUUAGCAGUAAAUCAAGAAAUGAUUCAGAGAGACGCACAAUCUUUCUAAAGAAAAAGCCAAAACCAAGUGAAUCACCUUCGCUGAGUUCAUCACAAGGCCGAAGCAAUCCAUUCAAAGUGAACAAUAGCCAGAGUCAGAAACCAGUAAGAAAUAAAAGCUUCUUUGACAGUGUUGAAGAAGACAAAAAGACAGCUACUGAGGCAGCAGCUUUGAAAAACAAAAGAACACCAGAAUCAAAGCUGAAUGAUGGUAGGAAGAAAAAGAAAGGUGCCAAGCAAAUGACCUUAAAAAGUCCCAUUUCUCAAACAGAAGAAACAGUUAAAAACACAAAGAAAAGUGAAGAAAAUACAAAAAAAUCUGGCUUCACAUUAUGGUUAGAAGAAAAACGUCCCCUUCUUGUGCAAGAAAACCCAGAUGCAACUGAUGGUGAACUUGUAAGAAUAUCAAUGAAACAAUGGCGAGGUCUUUCGCAAGAUGAAAAGAAAGCGUGGAAUGAAAAAGCGACAGAAACUGGAGGAAAUUCCGACGAGAAGAAAAGAAAACGGGAAAUUCUAGAGAACAAUGAAAAUGACAACAAAAUUACAAAUACAGUCAACGAAAACAGUAUGAAGAAAUUGAAAUGUUCAGAUAAUGAUAGUGGAAGUGCAAGCAACAAACUUGCAGGCUUUGCUUAUUCCAAGAGUUGAGAUUUUAUUACUACCAUCAUUUACUAAAGAAAUUCAACAAAGACUUAUUUUUUUAACUCCAUCUGUACAUUUGUUUGCUGGUAACAGGUAGUGUAAAAUAUUCCAUUAUUGACUUGUUCAAUAAUGCAGUUCUGUAAUGCCCAUAAAGUUGGCAUCUAAUAUUAUUUAAAAAAUGCAAUACAAUAUUGUUGAUUUAUAAAUUUUAUUAGACUCUUAAAAAAUCAAUUUUCUGAAAAUCAUCCAAUGUACACUUUAUGAAACUCUUGAAUAAAUACUUUACAAAAUAUUACAUUGUUUUAAAAAUCAAAUCUUUUUGCCAUUAUAUGGUUAAACUCAUUCUUAUACACAAUAUACUAUUUUAUUUCAUAAAAUUAAUCUAGGUUUGUAUCGUACAAAGAGGGCAAUGUGGCACCGUAAAAAAAAACAUUACUAAGUUUGAUCUGUCUUUAUACAAACAGUAAAAAGCAUGGGUUACUGGAAAAUAAGGAAGGAUUUGGCCAACAAUUUUAACAAUAUUGAAGUAGCUUUUGUAUAGAAUAUCAUAAUA